AUGCAAGUAGCUGAGGAUGCCUGUACCCAUUCGGAGGAUGAGCUGCUCUUCUGUGAAGACUGCCGCCUUUAUUUCCGGGACUCCUGCCCGCAGCACGGACCCCCCACUUUCGUGGCCGACUCGCCCGUUCCGGAAAGGGCUCCAUCGCGGGCGUUGCUCUCCCUGCCCGAGGGACUUGUGGUCAAGGAGCGUUCCCAAGGAGGCUUUGGGGUCUGGAGUGUUCUGCCGGCCCUGCCCCGUGGCUGCAUCUUUGGACCCUAUGAGGGGGAAGUGGUCCGGGCACGUGGCGACUGCACCCGUUACUCCUGGGCGGUGCGGGAAAACGGCUCCUAUUUCUUUGUCGAUGCGUCUGAUGAUUCCAAGUCCAACUGGAUGAGAUACGUGGCAUGCGCCUCCACCGAGGACGAGCAGAACCUGACCGUUUUCCAGUACCGGGGAUACAUCUACUACCGGGUCUGCCAAGCCAUACCUGCCGACACGGAGCUGCUGGUGUGGAUAGGAGAAGAGUACGGCCGCACUCUGGGAUUGCGCCUGGGUGAGCAUUUUAAGUACGAAUUUGGCGAGAAAGAGCUGCUGAUGAAACUCUUCCAGGAACUGCACCUCAAGACCCCGCCAUCGCCUCCCGCUCCGCACGCCCCGUCCUCUCGCACCCAGUACCUGUGUGGAGACGCCACCGCCUCUUCCCUCCUGCCACUCCACAAGCCGGCCCUUCCACCACCGGGAGGGAGCGCUUUCCCCCUGCUGGAAGGGACACAGAACCUGGUGGGGCUGGGGCGGGCCCAGAGCCGCUACUGGACCUUCUUCGGCUUCCAGGGGGACGCCUACGGCCGCAUCCUGGACAAGAGCAAGAUCAUCUGCAAGCUGUGCGGGGUGCGGCUGAGCUACAGCGGCAACACCACCAACCUGCGUCAGCACCUCAUCUACAAGCACCGUUGCGAGUACAACCAGCUGGUGGGGGCCCAAGCCACUGCCCUCGACAAAGGGGCCGCGGGGACAGGUGAGUUCGGGGCCUUGCGGAGCCCCGCCCCUGGCCGGACCACGCGGGCCGUGGCAGACUUCAUCGUGCUGGACCUGAUGCCUGUGGAGGUGGUGGAAGGGGAGGGCUUCGGGCAGAUGCUGGGGGUCCUGGAUCCCAGCUACAAGCCCCCAGACGCCGCCUCCUUGGCCCACACGGUGCUGAGGGACAUGUACAGCCACGUCAAGGGGAAAAUCUGGGAGCUGGUUCGGGCCCUGCCCCAGUGCUCCCUCAGCCUGGACAUCUGGCGCCACAGCAGCGCCCUCACCUACCUCACGCUCACCGUGCACUAUGUGGACGACUGCUUUGAAGCCCGGGCCCGGGUCCUGUCGAGCCGCCCCGUCCCCGAGGAGCCCAGUGCCGAGAGCCUGGCAGAGGCACUCGCCGAGGCGGCCGAGGCCUGGGGGCUGCGCAAGAGCACCUCGUACACCAUGGGGGGCCUGGGACCAGCUGCCCGGCAAGCCGCGGCGGCCCUCGGCUGGAUGGCCCUGCCUUGCAUAGGGCAGGCCUUGCGAGCGGCCAUGGAGGCCGCCCUGAGCCAGCCAGCGGCCCAGAGUGCCUUGGAACGGCUCCGCCGCUUGGCCUCCUGGGCACUGGCCGGCACAGGCCGCAGCGAGAAGCUGUGGGCUCAGGAGCCUCUCCUCCAAGCUCACCUCAGCCGCUUCCUGCGAGACGGGGGCAAGUGGCACAGUGUUCACGCGGUCCUGCAAGGCCUACUGGAGCACAGCGAGCCUCUGGCGGGCCUCGGCCCUGAUGGGGAGGCGACUCUGCGCGCCCAGGACUGGGCCGCCCUCCAGGACACGGUCAAGGUCCUCAAGCCCAUGGCCAUUGCUACCUCAACAUUUACCAAAGACCCCUUCUCCAGCCUCUCCCUAGUCAAGCCCGUGCUGACCAGCCUCCUUUACAAGCACUUGGUGGCCAGCGAGUGGGACUCGGCCCUGGCCCUGGAAGCCAAAGCGGCGGCCCACAAGGAGCUGAACCGGCACUUCUCCAGCCCGGAUGUCAACAAGGCCCUGAACCUGGCCUGCGCCUUGGACCCCCGCUUCCGCGGCCUGGAUUUCCUGAGCCACGCCGACCGGGUGGAAACCCUGCACUCGCUCAAGACGGAAGCGUCGCGCCUGGCCGAGGCGCCCGCAGUGGCGGCGUUGUCCUCCAGCCUGCCCGAUGUGGCCUCGCCGCCCGCCAAGCUGCCCAAGCAAGACGCCGGCAUCGAGUUCCUCCUGGGCGACCUGUGCAGCAUGCGCAGCGCCUCGGGCGCCAGCUCCGCCCACCAGCAGGCGGAGCAAGAGACGGCCAGCUUCCAAACCAGCAAGGCCUCCGCCCUGGGCCAGGAGCCCCUGCAGUGGUGGAAGACCCACCACACCCAGUACCCGCUGCUGGCCCGGGCCGCCCGCCAGCUGCUCGGGGUGCCGGCCACCUCGGUGCCUGCCGGCUGGCUCUUCAGCAGCGCCGGCGAUGCCAUCCACAUGAAGCGGCAAGCCCUGACGCCGGAGCACGUGGACAUGCUGGUGUUCCUCCACGGCAACCGAGCCAUGCUGUAUUAGGAGCUGUG